CGGCAGCCGCGGAGGAAGCUGGCUGAAUGGCGGAGCGCGGAGCGGGGGCCGCGGCCGCCGUGUGGAGGAGGCUGAGCUGGUGGGAGGGGCGGGGAGGGACCAGCCGCCGCGGUGACAAGGUGCCAGCGGAGCGGAGGGGCCGCCGCUAGUGCUCUGCCGUCCUCGCCGCCGCCCUCACGCCCGGAGAAGUUUGACUCGGGAGCAGCGCAGCCGCCCGGGCCGGCGCGGCGGGGCAGGGAGCCGCGGCGGGAGUCGCCGCACCCGGGGCCGCAGCGGGACGGGGGUCGCCUCCAGCGGGAGGCGGCGGGGGGAAGCCGGCGGCGGCAGCGGCGCUCCGGGAGCCGCCCCGCCCGCGCCAUGGCAGCCCGGUCCCGGAGACCCUGGCUGAGCGUGGUGCUGGGGCUGGUGCUGGGUUUCACCGCCGCCUCCUGGCUCAUCGCCCCGAAAGUGGCCGAGCUGAGCGAAAAGAAGAGGCGCGGCUCCAGCCUCUGCUCCUACUACGGCCGCUCGGCGGGGCCGGGGGCGGCCGGGGGCGCGGCGGUGCCGGGCGGGCAGCAGGCGCCGCCGGAGGCAGCGGCGGUGCUGGGCGGCACGAGUUUCAGGAGCAGCCCCUGGGAGCUGCCGCCGCCGCCGGCGGAGGGCAUGGUGUCCAGCCCCGCCGCCGGCGGGGAAGGGGAGCCGGAGGAGGAGGAGGAGGAAGGCGGCGAGAAGCGGAGCGGCCGGCCCGGCGGCAGCCACAACGGGAGCGGGGACUGGGGGGGCGCCCCGGGCUACGCCAAGCCCCGCAACUUCCUCUACGUGGGGGUGAUGACGGCCCAGAAGUACCUGGGCAGCCGGGCGGUGGCGGCGCAGCGGACGUGGGCGCCCUCGGUGCCGGGCCGCGUGGAGUUCUUCUCCAGCCAGGGCUCCGCCGCGCCCCCCGGGCUGCCCCGGCUGCCCGUCGUCGCCCUGCCCGGCGUGGACGACUCCUACCCGCCGCAGAAGAAGUCUUUCAUGAUGAUCAAGUACAUGCACGACCGCUACCUGGACAAGUACGAAUGGUUCAUGCGGGCGGACGACGACGUCUACAUUAAAGGUGAAAAAUUGGAGGAGUUUCUUCGCUCACUGAACAGUAGUAAACCUCUGUAUUUGGGACAGACUGGUCUGGGUAAUAUUGAAGAACUCGGAAAACUUGGGCUGGAGCCUGGAGAGAAUUUCUGCAUGGGAGGGCCGGGAAUGAUCUUCAGCCGGGAGGUUCUCAGGAGGAUGGUGCCACAUAUUGGUGAAUGCCUUGGAGAAAUGUACACCACUCAUGAGGACGUGGAGGUGGGCAGGUGUGUCCGAAGGUUUGGAGGAACUCAGUGUGUUUGGUCAUAUGAGAUGCAGCAAUUAUUCCAUGAAAACUAUGAACACAACCGCAAGGGUUACAUUCAAGAUCUUCACAACAGCAAGAUUCACACAGCCAUAACACUUCAUCCAAACAAAAGACCAGCCUACCAAUACAGGCUACACAAUUACAUACUGAGUCGCAAAAUUUCCGAACUGCGCUAUAAAACCAUCCAGCUGCAUAGGGAAAGUGCCCUGAUGAGCAAGCUCAGUAACAGUGAAGUAAGUAAGGAAGAUCAGCAACUGGGAGUGAUGCCAUCUUUCAAUCAUUUCCAACCACGUGAAAGGGAUGAAGUCAUUGAGUGGGAGUUCCUAACAGGAAAAUUUCUUUACUCAGCGAUGGAGAACCAGCCACCCCGGCAGAGCCUGAGCAGCGUCCUGCGAGCUGCACUGGAUGACACUGUGAUGCAAGUCAUGGAAAUGAUAAAUGAGAACUCUAGAUCUAGAGGAAGGCUCAUUGAUUUCAAGGAAAUACAGUAUGGCUACCGCAGGGUGGACCCUCUGCAUGGAGUGGAGUACAUCCUGGAUUUACUGCUUUUGUACAAAAGGCACAAAGGAAGAAAAGUCACGGUUCCAGUGAGACGCCAUGCCUACCUUCAGCAAUUGUUUAGCAAACCUUUCUUCAAAGAAGCAGAGGAGCUGGAUGUAAGAAGCCUGCUGGAGGAUGCCAGCACCGACACUCAAUCUUUCUCUUUUCUUUCAAAUUCUUUAAAGAUUUUUUCCUCAUCAUUCCAAGGCACCAAAGACAUUGGGGGACACAGUGACAAGAAAAUACAUAUUCUUGUCCCUCUCACAGGAAGAUUUGACAUUUUCUCAAGAUUUAUGGAUAACUUUGAGAAGACUUGUUUGAUUCCCAGGCAGAAUGUGAAGUUGGCAAUAAUUCUCUUCAGUUCCGAAUCGGGCCAAGACUCCAGCAAACACGUAGAGCUAAUAAAAGAAUACAGCAUUAAGUAUCCUCAGGCAGAUAUGACUGUGAUUCCGAUGGCAGGAAAAUUUUCUAGAGGUUUAGGUCUUGAAAUGGCCUCAUCUCGAUUUGACAAUGGCACUUUGCUGCUGUUCUGUGAUGUUGAUCUGGUAUUCACGUCGGACUUCCUCCAGCGAUGCAGAGAUAACACUAUUCAGGGAGAACAGGUUUACUACCCUAUCAUCUUUAGCCAAUAUGAUCCAAAUGUAAUAUAUGGAGGCAACCCUCCAGCUGACAGUGCUUUUGUUUUCACGAAAAGAACUGGAUUUUGGAGGGAGUAUGGAUUUGGUAUUACCUGUAUUUACAAAAGUGAUCUACUCACUGCUGGUGGAUUUGAUACCUCAAUUCAAGGCUGGGGACUUGAGGAUGUAGACCUCUUUACUAAAGUGAUAACAUCUGGCUUGAAGGCUUUCAGAAGUCAAGAAGUAGGAGUCGUCCAUAUUUUUCAUCCAGUUCAGUGUGACCCCAAUUUAGAUCCCAAACAAUAUAAAAUGUGCUUAGGGUCCAAAGCCAGUACGUAUGCCUCUACCAUGCAGCUCGCUGAACUCUGGCUACAGAAACAUUUGGGUGUUAGGUACAAUCGAACUCUCUCCUGACAUCUCAGCCCAUUUGGCCUUUUUAGGGGAGUUUACCUCAUUAUUAUUAUUAUUUGAUUUUGCUGUCAUAGUUUUAAACUCCCUCCUUGUUGUCUUCCAAAGACUGUUGACCUCAAACAGGAUGAGUCUCCUGUUCACUGAUGUUUCUUAUACCUACUGAACUGGUGAGGUGAAUUCCUUCGUAUUUCCUUUAUUUGAAAUUCAGUCAAGUCAUGGCAAUCAUAUGAUCCCAUGGAGCACAUCCAUCACAAGAGACUGCAUCAGAAGAAUGUUCUCUUUCAGCUUUGGGAUGCAGUAUCAUCUUUGUUGCAUUUCGCAGAUUUGAUGUGAUACAAGUAUUUACUGGUGAAGGUACCACAAAAGUGCUUUAUGCUUCUUCUGGGGAUGGAACUCUAUAAGAUAAACUUGAGUUUUAUAAUUUAUAUGAGGACUUAUAUGUAUAAACGCUACUUUUCUUCAUCUUUAGAAUUUUUAAAGUAAAUGAGUAACUAUGAUUGUACGUUUAUUUAAAAAAAAAAAAAAAAAAACAAAAAAAACCAAAAACCAAAAAACCCCCCUGAAAAGCUGAGGAGCUACUUGCAAAUACAACUGGUACUGGCUACCAAGGUCCUUAAAUGUCUUAUUAUAAUAACAAACUCCUCAUUGUUGUUCACUCUAAGUGUAAACGAACUUUAUUUUCACAAGGAACAGGAUUUAAUCAAAUGCUCAUGUACACUUUAGAAGAUUAGUGAACCAACAUCCUUCAUUUGCAGGCAAGAAGAAACUAUGACUUAGCAUGGUUAUUUAUGAUAAAGUGCAGGCAUACAGUAUUAUUUGUUUGAAACACAUAGUAUAAGUUGCUGUUCGUCUUUUUAAAAUGAGUGUCUGAUACAUAAUUUUCUUUUACAUUCCUUUCAUAAUGCUGCACUUGAUACAGAGUAUAUAUAUAUAUGUAUUUUUUUUUUUUUUUUACAUUUUCCAUGAAUAUUGGUACUCAGUAGCAAUUUGAUGUUGUAGAAUAAUUAUUUAAGUUUCAACAAUUACUAUUGCUGGUCAAAGUUCCUUGCCAAUAUAUUUAUAUUAGUGGAGUUGUAAGACUGUGUUAAGAUUUAUCUCUCUGAAAAGCCUGAAGUUGUCAUAUUGUGGAUUCACACAGUAAAGUAUUUAAAAUUAUACCAACAUAAAAAAUAAAAAACCCAAUUCUUGUAUUUUAGAGAAAUGUUUAUAUAGGGUUAUAUAUAUGUGUGUGUGUGCGUGUGUGUAUACCCCUAUAUAUAUAUAUAGAUAGGUAGAUAUAGAGAGAAAGUCAUUUCAAAAUAUGUUCCUUUUUUCAGUUCAGGCAGCGAUUUGUGACAAUCGUUGUUAUUUUUGCCACAUGCUUGGAACAUUUCAUGUUAUACUGUGGUAAAAGCUCAAAGGCAUCCAAGAAACCAUCUGAAUUCAGCAAACUUAAAUUAAUAUAGUGGGCACAUUUAAUAACCUCAGCACCCUUGAUUUCAAACUAUAUUUUAAAUAGAGCUGGGCAAGAAAAAGUAAGCAAUUAUUGAAUUUAAGUUUUCAGAUGUUUAAAUACACAUUCAACUGAAACUGACUCUUUCUGUGUUUCCUGUCAAAAACCAACUAAGAGAUUGGAAUUCACUGACACAUCUAUUUGUAUGAAGAUACCCUGAUAAAUUUCCUAAGGGUGUGUAGGUCAGUUAAUGUCUCUUAUCUGUGGUUCUCUGUUCUGGAUUUACCGUGCAAGGAAAAAGGCAUCCCUGAAAAGCAGUGAGGAAACUCAGAAUUAAAGGGCUGGCCGUAGAUUUUUGUAUGCUUUAGAAAAGGCCAUCCCCAUUGCCUUGGAGAAGGUAGCAACUGUGGGAGAUGAGAACAGACGGAAGGUAAUUCAUGCUUGUCUGCCCUCCCCAAGGGUAGCUCCUGGCUUGUUACUCUUCUGGAGGCUCUUGCCUUCCUAGCCCAAUAUUGUUAGCUCAAAUGUCUGGAGAAAGUAAAAUUCAGUAUUACUUAUGAAAUAAUUCUUGGAAACCACUCUUUAAAUUGAGUGCAAAGGUGAUGCUUUGUUCAAUUAGAUAGCCAAGAACAAGGAACAUACAAUUUAUUUGAUCAAUCUUGACUAACUGAUGCAACUCAGAUUGUCAAUAUCAAAAACUGAAUGCCUGUUGAUAAAUGUUUGUGAUGAUUUCAUGAACAUGGGAAAAAAAAAAAAAAAGAUUUACAAGGACAUCUAAGGAAGUCAUUGUCCGCUGGGCUGUAUUCCAGUGCUUAUUUUAAUUACUUAACCUAGUGGCCAGGAAGUAUUUGCUCAGCUUAAAGUAAAAUAGUAGAUUAGAACAAAAAAUGAAACCUGUCAUUCAAUGGGGAUAAAGAUGUAUACAGAGGGCUUGCAGGAUCAGGUCCUACAUGAUAUAAGCGAAAUGCUAGUAUUUACCAGUACAAAUAUUUAUUUAGUGUCUGACUGAUUCAUUUGUUUAUAUGAUGAAUUACUUUGUUAAAAACCUGACUAUAAAUGUUUAUUAUGAAAUACUGCAUUGUUUUUUGAAAUAACUAUCCUGAGAUAACUUGACAACUUGUGUUAGUUUGUGUAAGGAAUAA